CUUUUUAUCACCAAUAAUAAAUAUUUCCUAUAAAAGUAAUAUGAAUGCUGCGCUCUGAAUACAAACACCCCACUCUCCAUUAAACUCCACUCUCUUCCUUCUCUUACUGUAAUUAUUAUAUGAGAGAGAUUGAAACUUUGCUUUUAGUUUUUCUAUUAUUUAAUAUUUCUAAUUGAUUGAUUUAAAAUGUGAACUUUUUCGUUGUUUUAUCAGCUUUUCACUUUUAUUACUUUUUCCUCAUUUUAUGCCCCCAUUUAAUUUGGGGUUUUUUGUAUCAAUUUUCCAUUUUUCAUGCUUUUCUCUGAAAAAAUGGCGAUUUGGAUUUCUGGGUUUUCCACUUUCAUCUCUUUUUUGCUGUUUCAUGUCUGUUUUAGCGAUGCCCAGAUGACAGGAUUUGUGAGUCUUGAUUGUGGAGGUACAGAUAGUCACACUGACAAACUUGGUAUUCAAUGGGUUCCUGAUGACCAAAUUAGAUUCGGACAGACAGCUAAUAUAUCUAAUCCAGAUGAAACACGGACACAGUAUAUGAAAGUAAGAUACUUCCCUAAUGAUAACAGGAAGUACUGCUACACUCUAAAUGUAACAAGCAGGACUAGGUUCCUAGUGAGAGCCACAUUCUUAUAUGGAAACUUCGACAACAACAAUGUUUAUCCAAAGUUUGACGUUUCGAUUGGGGCAACCCCUUGGUCUACCAUUGUCAUCUCAGAUGCUACUACUGUGGAGGUGAUUGAAAUGAUAUUUCUUGCUGCUGAGCCAACAAUAAGUGUGUGCUUAUCCAAUGCUACAACAGGGCUGCCCUUUAUUUCUACACUUGAGCUUCGGCAAUUCAAUGGUUCAAUGUACAUAACAGAUUAUGAAAAUCAGUACUACAUGAGUGUAUCUGCCAGAAUUAAUUUUGGAGCGGAUAGUGCAGAUCCUGUGAGGUAUCCUGAUGAUCCAUAUGAUAGAAUAUGGGAAUCUGACUCUCUGAAGAAACCGAAUUAUCUAGUUGAUGUUGCUGCAGGCACUGAGAAAAUUUCUACAAAGCUGCCAAUCGAUGUUAGUGCAGAUGACCGACCACCUCAGAAAGUGAUGCAAACAGCUGUAGUAGGCAGAAAUGGAACAUUGUCAUACCGCUUAAACUUAGAUGGCUUUCCUGGUGGUGGGUGGGCUUUCUCAUAUUUUGCAGAAAUUGAAGACAUAGGUCCGACUGACGUAAGGAAAUUUAGGGUUAUGCUUCCUGAUGCACCUCAGGUUUCUAAAGCAGCUGUAAAUAUCCUUGAAAAUGCUCAAGGAAAGGACCGUCUCUAUGAGCCUGGAUUUCAAAAUUUGACCCUCCCUUUUGUGAUGUCCUUUAAAUUUGUCAAGACAUCUGAUUCUUCAUUGGGGCCUCUCGUGAAUGCUAUGGAGAUCAAUAAGUAUGUCAAGAAAAGUGGCGGUACCAUGGAUGGAUCUACUAUAGCAAAACUUGUUACACCUUACUUAUCUGCUGAUUGGGCUCAAGAAGGCGGUGAUCCAUGCCUGCCUGUUCCUUGGUCAUGGUUGGAGUGCAACUCAGACCCUCAACCACUUAUAACUGCAAUUCAUUUAUCGAAGAAAAACUUGACUGGAAAUGUCCCUUCAGAACUCACAAACUUGGGUGGUUUGAUUGAGCUAUGGCUUGAUGGGAAUUCACUAACUGGACCAAUUCCUGAUUUUAGUGGCUGUCCGAACUUGAAAACAAUUCAUCUGGAGAACAAUCAAUUGACAGGUGCAGUUCCAUCAUCCUUGGCUGAUCUCCAUAAUCUGAGAGAAGUGUUCUUGCAAAACAAUAAGCUGCAUGGAACAUUGCCGUCUGACCUUCCUAAUAACCUUGUUUUGAACAUCACUGGAAAUGCUGGUCUUCAUAAAGCAAGCAGAAGCUUUCGGACUGGUGUAGUAGUUGGAAGUACAAUUGGCGCUGCUGUUUUUCUCAUAGCAACUAUAAUAUCAUGUCAUUUUCUGCACAAAGGAAAGAAGUCCAAAAAAAGAUAUAGUGACCAAGCCCGCCUUGGGAAUAUUCUUCCAUCUCAGAAGUUAUCUUCUUCCUUGGAGAGCACUGCAACAGAAGCUGCCCAUUGCUUCACUUUUUCAGAAUUGCAAGAAGCCACAAAGGAUUUUGAGAGAAAAAUUGGCUCUGGAGGUUAUGGGGUGGUGUACUAUGGUAAAUUAAAAGAUGGACGAGAAAUUGCAGUCAAAGUUCUAACUAGUAACUCCUUCCAGGGAAGACGAGAAUUCUCAAACGAGGUGACUCUCCUCUCAAGGAUUCACCACAGAAAUCUGGUGCAGUUUCUAGGAUAUUGCCAAGAAGAUGGAAAAAGCAUCCUUGUUUACGAGUUCAUGCACAAUGGAACUCUCAAAGAGCAUCUCUAUGGUCCUUUAACCCGAGAAAGGAGCAUAAAUUGGAUCCAGCGCCUUGAGAUUGCUGAAGAUGCGGCAAGAGGAAUUGAAUAUCUUCACACGGGCUGUGUGCCAGCUAUCAUCCAUAGAGAUUUAAAAACCAGCAACAUUUUAUUGGACAAGAAUACUAGGGCCAAAGUUUCGGAUUUUGGUCUCUCAAAACUUGCAGUGGAUGGAGCUUCGCACGUAUCAAGCAUUGUCAGGGGCACUGUUGGUUAUCUAGAUCCUGAGUAUUAUAUCUCACAACAGCUGACUGACAAAAGUGAUGUCUAUAGUUUUGGUGUAAUUUUGCUCGAGCUAAUAUCAGGGCAGGAAGCAAUAUCUAACGAAAGUUUUGGUGUUAACUGUCGGAACAUAGUUCAAUGGGCUAAAAUGCACAUUGAAAGUGGUGACAUUCAAGGAAUAAUUGAUCCCUCGUUGAGAGAUGAAUAUGACAUUCAAUCUAUGUGGAAGAUAGCUGAGAAAGCCUUGCUGUGUGUCCAAGCUCAUGGUCAUAUGAGACCAUCAAUGUCAGAAGUGCUCAAAGAGGUACAAGACGCUAUCAUGAUCGAGAAGGAAACGCAAGCAGCAAGAGAAGGCAACUCUGAUAACAUCUCCAGACACUCCUUGCACUCCUCCAUCCACUUAGGCUCCAUGGACUUAGGGCCAACUGAUAGUUACUUGUCAAUAGAUGAGUCCAUUGCUAGGCCAACUGCGCGGUAGCUAUUUAACAUAUAUGAUACAUCCACCUAGUGACACUUUUUUUGGUAUAUUUAUUCUAGGCUUCAAAUUUUGCUGGUUCAUCUGUGAAGCUGCUCAGAUGAGAGGGUGUUCUAGAAUGUAGAGCCUGUCCCUCGUGCAAAACAGGGUUGCAGUCAGGUUGUAAAUUGGGUACGUGACACAUGCACAUAUAUUUCUUCAAGUUAGUGGUUUAUGCUUAUUCUGUGUGUUUAUAUUCUCCCUGUCAGAAUUAGUUGACACCAUAAGAUUGUAAUUUGACUGACCAAUGCGAUGAUACAUAUUAUUCUGUCCCUUUUAGUACCAGUUUAAGUGUGACUGUCAACUAAUUAGGAACGGGGAAGUAAUUUGGUUGCAUGGUAUCGCUGAGAUUUUGAUUUUUUUUUUUUUUUUUUUUUUUUUUUUUUUUUUUUUUUUUUAACUUUU